AUCGACGAGAUAUAUAUACAGUUCGAUAUUAUCGACCAUCACAGCAACAGUCUCCACUCUCUCUCUCUCUCUCUCUCUCUCACACUCUCUCUCACACACACACACACAUACACACACACAAUUUUGAAGAAUGGCUGCUCUUCAGAAUUCGUUUGUUUCAGCAAGAAACCCUCAAUCCCAGUUCUUAUCCGGUUCUUCUUUGAUGCAAGUGGACCAAAGUCUUGGCUCCAGUAAGUUGUUCAUGCCCGCUUCCCGGGGAAAAACAGAACUUCUAAAUUGCAGAAGGCCACUUACUGUGCGAGCAGGCGGGGAUGAUGGAAGAUCAAGUAGUGCAAGUAUCUUUGUUGGUGGCUUUGUACUGGGAGGAAUUGUUGUUGGAACUUUAGGCUGCGUAUUUGCGCCCCAGAUCAGCAAGACAUUGGCUGGAGCUGACAGAAAAGAUUUGAUGAGAAAGCUGCCAAAAUUUAUAUAUGAUGAAGAGAAAGCUUUGGAGAAGACCCGCAAAAUACUGACUGAUAAGAUUGCACAGCUGAACUCUGCCAUAGAUGAUGUUUCUGCUCAGCUUCGUGCAGAUGAUGCCCCAAAUGGAGCUGCAGUACACCCAGAUGAACUUGAAGCUUCUAUAUAAAAUAUGUUUGUUGAAACUGUAUUACCAUCACUUGUCAUAUUCAAUCAUGUUAAGAAAUUCUUUCAGUCCUUUCUUUCUAUAUCUGCUGAUGGCUUCGGGUUGAUGGCCUGCCUGUCUUGAUCAAACAUAUUAAGAAAUUGUUCUGUGUUUCGGGAAUUCCACAGUUAUGUGAAGCCUCUUUGUUCAAACAUACAUAAAUAGUAUUCGCACAAACAAUCAGCUUCGGUUAUUGUAAUUCUACGUCGUGAGCUAUUGUGAUAUGGUUUUUGCAUUUGUAGACAA